AAUUAUAUUAUCUACUCAUAAGUGAAAUAUUAUUUAUGUCUGAAAUACAAAAUCUUUUCAAACAACAUUGUAUAGUACCCGAUGUACUUAAUACAGCACCGUUGGAGCUACUGGAUAUUCAAUAUCCUAGUGGUGUAAGUGUGAAUAAUGGUAAGGAAUUAACGCCAACUCAAGUUAAAGACAAACCCAUAGUAAAAUGGGCUUUUAAAGAAUCGGAAUACUAUACGUUAGCUAUGGUCGACCCUGAUGCUCCAAGUCGUGAAAAUCCAAAGUUCAGAGAGUGGGCUCACUGGCUUGUAGGAAAUAUAUAUGGAGGAGAUAUGAAUAAAGGGGAAGUGUUGUCUGAUUACAUCGGUCCUGGCCCUCCAAAAGGUACAGGAUUGCAUCGUUACAUUUUUCUACUUUACAAACAACCAGAUAAAUGUGAUUUUUCGAAAGUACCGAAAUUACCGAAUAAUUCGGGGGACAAAAGAGGAAAGUUUUCGAUUUCAAAAUUUGCACAGCAAUAUAAAUUGGGAACACCUAUAGCAGGAAACUUUUAUUUAGCUCAAUAUGACGACUAUGUUCCAAAAUUGUACGCAAAAUUGAAAGGAUAAUUACUUUGUAUUUCUACAUUACAGUAGUCA